AUGGAAGAGUUUGAUUAUGAACCACUGGAACGAGAAAGCCAAGAGCAAGGUGCCAAAAUUCGGUCCCAUUCAGAUGAGGACACUGUAUCAGAAGGCGAGUGUAGUGAAGAUUCAGAUAGUGACAGGUCUUCAUUAGAAGAUGGACGGCCUCCAGCGAAGGUUCGUCUUGUGAAACCUUUGGUGCCUCCAGCCAAGAAACCAUUCUCAGGAUGGAAGGAUGUGGCUGAGGAGUCUGUGCUUACAGAGACUGUGAAUAAAGUGGAAGUUGAAGAAGAGGAGAACAAACCACCAAUUUCACGAGGUGUCGAAGAUUACUCCAAGGACUUCAAUAACUUGCGGCAGGUGUUGAAGCCUGGUGUUUCCCCCUUGCAGUCGAGUCUGGAUGAUAUCAUUGUGAUAAAUCGCAUCAAGAAGCCCUUAGAGUGUCAUGCUUCAGACCAAAUUAAAAUUUCUACUUGUGAUACCAAUGAGGAUAUCGUGAAGGAUGUCUCUGCGAAACUCCUUGAACCAAACACUGAGCUCAUGAGAAGAACAGUCGAGCUGAUGGGAGCACAGGUGGUCUUCGACAUAUUUGAGAAAACAAGAGAGGUUGAAGCAGAAGGAGGUCUCAUGACAGCUGAUGGUUUUCGAAGGCGAAAUUCAGGAGGAGUAUUUUUCCUCUUAUUACGAGAAGAUAAGAACCUGCCCCAAAACUUGGUGAAACAACUCUUCAGGGAAGAGCAGAGAUCAAAAUCCCGGAUCAAUAGGAAGCGGAAGCGAGCCAAGCAGAAAAAAGCUGUCCAAAGGAAGCAGCUCAAAUUGGUGGAAGCUGCAGCAAUGGAUGACCUGCCCUCUAGAAAGGAAGUUUUUCUGAAGGACGUUUCAAAUGGUCAGGGGAAUGUUGAAUCAUCCAUGGACUUGAAUGAAUCCAUAGAGGAGAAAGUGGAUGGGCAUCAAGAUGGACAAGGACAUUCAUCCAAACCAGAUCAAGAGGUGGAAGAAUACGAGGAAGAUGUCCUCUAUGUCUCUCUUGAUGAAGAUGAUCUCUCUGAUUGAUGGACUUCUGUGAUGACUGAAUGAUGAGAGCAUGUGUGAAUGAAUUAGGAAGG